AUGAAUUUCUUCAGAGGAGUGAUGGGUGGGCAGACAGCGGGGCCGCAGCCUUCUGGAGCCGAAACGAUUCAGAAAUUGUGUGACCGAGUGGCCUCCUCCACACUGCUAGAGGACCGCAGAGAUGCUGUCAGAGCUCUGAAGUCCCUGUCUAAGAAAUACCGUAUGGAAGUGGGGACGCAGGCAAUGGACCAUUUGAUCAACAUUCUACAAACUGACAGGUCGGACUCUGAAAUUGUUGGCUAUGCUUUGGACACUUUGUACAACUUAAUCUGUAAUGACGAAGAGGAAGAGCAAGAUGAAUCAGAAGACGCAGUAACCCCUAAGCCUAAGCAAAAGACUGUACCCAUGCCUGAUGAAAAUGCGCAGAAGCAGGCUGAUGACUUAGGCGCUCAGUUUACGGAGAAAUUCAUUGAGGAUCCUGAGCAUCUUGCUCUGCUCCUCUCUUUAUUAGAGGAGUUUGACUUCCAUGUUCGCUGGCCAGGAGUCAAGCUUUUAACUGCUUUACUAAAGAACCAGGGUCCUCAGGUGCAGGGUGUCAUCCUUGUUAGUCCCAUGGGCGUCUCCAGACUUAUGGAUUUACUCGCCGACUCUCGAGAAAUCAUUAGAAAUGAUGGCCUGCUGCUUCUUCAACAACUGACUAAAAGUAAUGCUGCCAUACAGAAAAUUGUAGCUUUUGAAAAUGCCUUUGAGCGCCUUUUAGACAUCAUCACGGACGAGGGGAGCAGUGAUGGAGGAAUUGUAGUUGAGGACUGCCUUCUGCUGCUGUUGAACCUGCUCAAAAAUAAUAGCUCCAAUCAGAACUUUUUUAAGGAGGGCUCAUAUAUCCAGAGAAUGAGGCCCUGGUUUGAGGUCGGCGACGAUAAUGCUGGUUGGUCUGCGCAGAAAGUCACUAAUCUACACCUUAUGCUUCAACUUGUACGGGUUUUGGUAUCUCCAGUGAACUCUCCCGGAGCCACAGCAAGUUGCCAGAAAGCUAUGUUCACAUGCGGCCUGCUGCAACAGCUAUGCACUAUCCUCAUGGCCACUGGGGUCCCUGCCGACAUCCUUACAGAGACCAUUAACACUGUGUCAGAAGUUAUCAGAGGAUCCCAAGUCAACCAGGACUACUUUGCUUCUGUCAAUGCGCCUUCAAAUCCACCAAGACCAGCCAUUGUAGUGCUACUCAUGUCUAUGGUAAAUGAGCGACAACCGUUUGUGCUUCGCUGCGCUGUGCUCUACUGUUUCCAGUGUUUCUUGUACAAAAACCAAAAAGGCCAGGGAGAAAUUGUAUCAACACUCCUUCCAUCCACUAUUGACGCUAACUCCAUUUCAGCCGGGCAGCUGUUGUGCGGCGGUCUGUUCUCGGCCGACUCCCUGUCCAACUGGUGUGCGGCUGUGGCCCUGGCCCACGCGCUGCAAGAGAACCUCACACAGAAGGAGCAGCUGUUGAGGGUCCAGCUCGCCACCAGCCUGGGCAAGCCCCCCGUGUCCCUGCUUCAGCAGUGCACCAACAUCCUGUCCCAGGGUGAUAAGAUCGCCAGGCGGGGCAGUAAGGUUCAGACCAGAGUGGGUCUCCUCAUGCUGCUCUGCACGUGGAUCAGCAACUGUCCCAUUGCCGUCACACACUUUCUACACAACCAAGAAAACGUCCCAUUUCUGACUGCACAGAUCUCUGAAAACCUGGGAGAGGACGAACGGCUCGUGCAGGGUUUGUGUGCGCUGCUUCUUGGUAUCUGCAUCUACUACAACGAUAACUCACUAGAGAACUACACAAAAGAGAAGCUAAAGCAGCUGAUUGAGAAGCGUAUUGGAAAAGAGAAUUUUGUGGAGAAAUUGGGUUUUAUCACCAAACAUGAGCUGUACUCCCGGGCCGGACAGAAACCUCAGCCAGUGUUCCCUUCUCCAGAGCAAAUGCUGUUUGACCACGAGUUCACCAAACUCGUCAAAGAUCUGGAGGGCAUGAUCACGAAGGCUGUGCACAAAUCCAGUGAAGAGGAGAAAAAGGAAGAGGAAGUGAAGAAAACAUUAGAACAACAUGACAACAUUGUAACCCAGUACAAAGAGCUGAUCAGAGAACAGGAUGCUGAAAUCCAGAAGCUGAAGGAACAGGUGGCCUCUGUGUCCAUGCAGAAUGAGCAGCUGCAGACUUCUAACACACAACAGCUCUCUCAGAUCCAACAGCAUAAGGAUCAAUACAAUAUCCUCAAGCUUAAAUUAGGAAAGGACAAUCCCAGUCAGUCCAGCAGCUCGGGAGACCUGUCCCAGGUGAACGGUGUGCAGACAGAGGAGCUGACGCAGCUACGAGACGAAGUGGAAGAGCUGAGCAAACAGAACGCACUCCUACGGACACAACUCAGUGACAAGGAUUCGCUCAUCAACACUUUGAGAUCAGAGUCUGGAGCAUCCGACAACUCUGAACUUCUGAAGGAACUUGAGGCUUUGAGAAGUCGAGUCCAAGCUCAGUCAACAGAAAUUAACCAAUUACAGACAGAGAGACACGAGCUGCAGAGAAGAGUGGAAGUGUCCACGACGUCACAAGGUGUUCCAAGCGGUGAAAGCACAGUGGACAAUACAAAAGUGACAGAAUUGGAGAAAAGACUUGCGGCUCAGAUAUCAGAGACCGAAAGACUAAAGGGGGAUCUGAAGAGCACAAUAGAAUGCCGGUCAGACCUGGAGCAACAGCUGGCCUCAGCCACCAGCACCGUGGCCAUCCUGCAGACGGAGAAGUCCAAACUGCAAACAGAGGUGCAGGAGUCCAAGAAGGAGCAGGACGACCUCCUUAUGCUGCUGGCGGACCAGGACCAGAAGAUUAACAGCCUCAGGCAAAAGCUCAAGGACCUGGGAGAGACGGUUGAAGAUGAAGAUGACCUCGACGCUCGGGAACAAACAGACGAUGAUGAGGAGGACGAUGAUGAAGAGGAAGACUAG